CGUAGUAACGCUUAUUUAAAAGACGUAGUAAUGCUUAUGUAAGACAGUGACAGAGAUAGAGAUGGGAAAUUAGAAUGGAAGAGAGACGGAAAGAGAAUAUCGAGUUUCACGGAUCUUCUGCCAUUGUGAAAAACCUCUCAUCCUGAUACAUCAGCUGCAAUUUCUAAUUUUGAUCAAACUGAGUUCAAAUUUGUCUUUCGGAAAACAUAGGACGCAGGUAUAAAUAAGAGACUUUUUUUUUUUAUCAUAUACAUGAAUUACGCUGAUAACCUAUGUUCAUAUCAUCUUUGUACAAACUACGCUCGACCUCAUGUCUACGAAAGCAUGAUUGAAUUCCCAUUCAACGUCAUUUUGAUCGCAUUACGAAAUGAUUUCGCGUCGGGAUUUCUGCUUGCUUUUGAAAAGAUGUUUAUUAUGAUGGGCUGAGGGUUCUUCUGUAAUAAACAAUACUUAACAGUCAAUGUUAUCUCACUAGAGGCUUGAAAGCCGAUGCCUACUGGAUCUAGAACACUUGAAUUAAUCUCUAAAUAAAAGACCAGCUAUUAACCUGGAGAAGUGUUAUCUAUCAACACAACAGGUGUUGACAAUCGUCAUCUCUAGGAUUAAAAAGCAUGAAAUCUGAACCCUUAAGUACAUCGGGCUCGGUGUUUCGCACGGACUGCCGUCACAUCCUCUGUAAUCGCCCUAGUUUAUCUAAGGUGAUGGCAGGUGAAAUUAUUUCUGUUUUUGGUUUUACGCAAGAUCACGCAUGUGCGUGGGGGUAUUAUCCUGAUGUAUUUUAUCAAGUUUUCAAAAAUCAAAUUUUCAACACCGAACAUGUGUUAGGACUAUAUUAGCAAAUUAAACAGAAUACGUUUCAAUUUUUCGAAUUAUAAAAAAAAGCCAUGUGAUUUAAUUCAAAGACGGCUCGUGUUUUUGGUGUCAUUUUCAAGAUAAGUUAUCGAAAGAAGUGGAUUAUUUUUUUCCUUUUAAUUGACUAUGUGGAGCGGAGUGUUCCUGACGCUGUUAGUGGCCGUUUGUAUGUUGGAAGGAACUAUUUUGUUUCGGCGGCAGAGCAAAAAAUGCGAAGCAGUGGUGAUGUGUCCUCAAUUUUGUCUCAAGAUCAAAGAUGGCUGCUACGUUUGUGAGUGUGGAGCAUCAAUGAACACGUUUAUGGAGGGGGCUAUACAACAGAUGAAACACGACUACGAUCCCAUAUAUCAGACCGGAAGUAAAUUUGUAAAUGUAAACAUGGGAACCAAUGGCGCUCUGAGUGGGCGGAAAACGGAUACACGGAAAUCUCCAUGGCUAAAUAUGGGCAUGGGCAUGGGAACUUUCGGGGCUACUCCUUUUGGUGGACCCAUGAUGGGAGGGACCUCAGCUGUCAGUCAGGCUGGGAAUUAUCUCGAGCCCGACUUUAAAGAGUUUUACAGACCUGCUGGACAGACGUUACCCGGAAGGUGUCCAGAAAUGGAUUACGCAUGCCCAGGGCAAUGCUGGAAGACGGACGGUUUCAGCGGAUGUUUUCGCUGUGAUUGUGGAGGCACCACCCAACAAUCAACCUCACUUAGGACAACAACGCCAGGCUCCACCCAAACAGAACGGAGAUCCACCACUGUGCAUACGACGACACAGCCACCGACCACCCCAACGGUGACGUCAACUGUUUCAUCAUCGCAAAUAACAACCGCUCAGAAAAUGACGUCAGGCACUCAAAAAGUCACCUCAGAUUCAGUGCAUGAAAAUAACGUUAAUGGUAAUAUCGAUGAAAAUAGAGAUAAAAAUGGAACACUCGCAAAAUCAAAACCCGAUGGAAAUCCAAGCGGACGGUUGUAUGUGAACGGUCACGUGGCCACCAAUUCCGGAUCUGGCGAUGGUACUCUACUUCAGUCUGGCACGUGGUCAAACACGGGAAAUGGAACCGGAGCUAUCGAAACCGGACAUAACGGAACCGGGCUUAUCGGGACGCCUUUUACCGUCUCCCAAUCUGAGGUUUCGAAAAGUCUGGCGGAUUUAAAUGGAGUCGAUUUAUUUAAGAUUUUGAUUGCUGGAAUCAAAGAGCAUAAAUCGCUAGAGGACAUGCUUUAUAGUUUAGCUCAUACUGCAGACCAAGGUCAUCAGGCAACUGAAGGUCAUCAGAACUUUGCAGGUCAGGCUCAAUCUGGAAAUUCCAAAGGUUCAAAUGUUAAUGUAACGACAAAUGGGCAUCAAGAUGGUGAAAAGGGGGUUACUAAAUUUCAAAAGCUGGAAAUCACAUCAUCGCCUCUGAUGACGAACAGCACUAUUACGUCAGAAAACACAAAAACAAGGCCAUACGAAGUCAUCACUACGUCAUCUAAGCCACCCUCAAAAUCAACGCCAGAGCCCAGCAUAACGAAAAUAUUAGGAAUUGAUAAAUUUGUAAGCAUGAACGGAAAAACCGGGAAGGACGAAGCACACGACUGUUUGGAUAUUGGAUCCACCUGUCCACUCGAAUGUCACGUGACCGACCCCGUCUCUCAUUGCUCAGUUUGUGGUUGUCCAGACAAUAGGAAGGAUUUAAAUCACUUAAACUCAAAAUGCGUUGCCAUGGAUUCCAGUUGCCCCGGUGAUUGUAUAACAUUGGACAAUGACCUGUGUCCAGUAUGUGCCUGUAGUCAUGGACAGAUGGACAACGGGACCACCCCAUCCCCUGUGGUCACCCAAGAGACAAACACAACUUUAAGAAACACUAUUUGUAAAAUAACGGAGAAAAUUAGGAAGUGUGCAUCCUCGUGCUUGACGUUUGAUGAUCAGUUUUGUCCUCAAUGCGCAUGCUCCGCAGAUUCUUCAACGGAAACCAUUGUAAAAGACGUACAACCCUCACUAGACGAAAACAACAUUUGUCCUGCAUCUGCUUCUACUUUCAGUUUGUCCUGCAUCUGCUUCUACUUUCAGUUUGCCCUGCGGUAGAGCGAGGCUGUCCACAGCGAUGCCUGAGAUUUGACGAUAAAUACUGCGCUUAUUGUUUUUGUGACACUUAAUUUAUCAUGAUUACAAGGUCUUUGAUAGUC